AUGUGUGACGCUGAUUCUCUCGUGCGACCGAAAAAAAUGACGACUGCCGUGCAAGAGCGCAACCAGCGGGGGAUACCCAAAGCCCCGUUCAUCGCUGAUGUUGAGGCACAUAUCGGCGGCCCCGAUGGACAAGUGGAAGGCCCGUUAAAGGCGUUCCAAGAUGCGCUCGCAAAGUACCGAUUCAUGGACGGCAACCUUGGGCAGCGACGCGCGAGUUUGGAGGAGAAGAUUCCCGAUAUCAAGAAAACUCUGAAGAUGGUCGAGUUUCUGCAAGAGCGAAGGGAAGGAAAAGGGAAGGCGGUUGACCUGGACGACGACGACGACGAUUUGGACGAUCUCGACGACAGCGACAAGCCGCUAACUACAACGUUCGAGCUCAACGACACGUUAUACGCAGAGGCAGAGCUGGAGGACACCGAUACGGUCUAUCUAUGGCUCGGGGCCAACGUGAUGCUGUCCUACAAAAUCCCAGAAGCGGUAGAACUGCUGAAAUCCAAGCUUGCUGCAGCGGAAGGGACGCUGAAGAACACGAUCGAAGACCUCGAGUUCAUCCGAGAGCAGAUCACGGUCAUGGAGGUCAACACUGCCCGCAUGUACAACUGGGAUGUCAAACGAAGAAGAGAGAGAAGAGAACGCGAACAGUCGUCGGGAUCGUCGUUGACCAAAACGAAGACUGCUGAGGGUUGA